CUGUGUUAAGGUGAAGAGUGGGGAGGAAAUCUGACAGACAGAAAGCAGAUGACGAGUGUUGAUCGAGCACAAGGCGAGAGGGAAGGUGAGGAGCACUGCAGGUGAAGUUCGCAGGAGGUGAGAAUGAGGGGACGUCGCCUGAAGUCACUCUUCUCUUUGGGGAUCGCUCUCUUCUGUUUGGGGAUUCUGCUGACCGCUCUCGUCUGGUACAAUGGCAACAAAAAUAACGUGGAAACUCGACAGCUGUCUCUUCAGAAGAAAAGAGCCCCUCCGCCUUCUGAACUUUGUAAAGGCUGCAGGCAGGUCAUCGACAAAGUAAGAGAGCGUUACAAUAAAACCUGGAUUAAGCAGGUGGACGAUUACCUCAAAUUCAGAUCUCAGCUGAGCAGAAAGUGCCAUGGUUUUGAUGCAUUCAUCACCCAGGACAACACCCCAGUGGGAGCAAAGAUUGUGUAUGAUGGAGAAAAGACGCGCACCCUCCAGGUGACCCCGGAGAUUUUCAGCACCUUCCCAAAGGAGCAUCCAUUCCCAAACAAAAUAUGGGGAACAUGUUCUGUUGUUGGGAACGGUGGGAUCCUGUCCAACAGCAGCUGUGGAAAGAUGAUUGAUUCAGCCGAGUUUGUUAUGAGGUGUAACCUACCUCCCUUGGACAACGGCUAUGAGAAUGAUGUGGGGAUUAAGACUGACCUUGUGACAGCAAAUCCAAGCAUCCUCAUUAAGAAAUACGGGUCUCUGCAACAGCGUCGGCGUCCGUUUGUGGAAAGUCUGCGUAGCUAUGGCAACUCUUUGCUGCUCCUUCCCGCCUUCUCCUACGGCUUCAACACGCCUUUGUCCCUGCGGGCCGUGUACAGCAUUGAGGACUUUAAAAGCCCCACCCGGCCUGUCUUCUUCAACCCCGAGUACCUGGAGAGUUUGGGCCUCUUCUGGCGCUCCAGAGGCCUAAAAGCAGCACGUGCCAGCACCGGCCUGAUGAUGGCGAGCUUGGCGCUGGAACACUGUACCGAUGUGCAUCUUUAUGGGUUCUGGCCCUUUGGUAAUCACCCCCAGGGACUCCAUGCGCUGACUAACCACUACUACGAUGACGUACAACCUAAAAACACAGUCCAUGCCAUGCCGGUUGAGUUUGAAUUCUUGUUGCAGCUGCAUAGUCAGGGGGUGCUCAGGCUUCACCUGGAAGAUUGUCAACCAGGUGAAAAGUAGUUCCCAAACCCAGCAGAAGGGCCGGAGAGAAGUGCCUCGAUUUGUAGCCCACUCGCUUAUAAAGUCUUUCAUUUUGUAUGAAUGGACAGAUCUUUUUGGGCUCAAGACAUGUGUCCAACCGAGGUGGAUGCUCACACUUGAGUGAAUCGAUGAGCAAGACAUUUGCACUAAAAUCAAACAAUUAUAAGAUUUUAAAAAGAGUUGGAAUGGUUCUAAACUGCAUUUAUUAAGAUAGGUUGCAGCUGGAGUCUGGAGGGAGACAAUUCCCUUGUCACUUGUGGGACAUUGUAGUGCUUUGUUUUGGAUCAAACUGAAUGUAUUUAUCACAAAAUGAGAUAUUUUUACUGUACUGUUUGAAACCAUUUGUUUGAUCUUUUGAGGCAAAUACUAGGUCGGUUUGCAGGUGUGGUUCUGGCAUUGUACAAUGAGGCACGGGGCCCAUGUGGGUGUUGAUGUAAGGGUGCAUAUGGGUGAGUGCCUGGUGAUGGGGACAGGUACGUGUGGAUGGGAAGCAAAUUAUUUCUUGACGGUGUCUCGACCUGACGUGUCGGAUGUUGUUUUAUGAUGAAGGAGAUUGUAGUGGCCAUUUGUCCUUGGGAUUCAGGCUUUUGUAAUGGCAAAAUGAAUGCAACUCUUUUGGAGGCCAUCUGUAGGUAUGAGAACUGGCCCUGUUGUGAGAGGAGGACGGUUCUUGGCAGUCUACGGAGCGUGCAGCUGUUUUUGGCGUGACCUUUUUUCCCUUGCAAGGAAAUAAACGCUGAAAGACAUAUUUGAGCCUCAUCCUUAUUUACCGAUUGUCUGUGCAAAAUCUUUCACAAGAAUUUGGUGUCAGAAGUGAGAUCGUUUGAAGUUCCGUCGGGAAAGGAGGCCUCUUCAGGAUCCACAAAAAAGUGUGUCAGUGUUGCGGAUGGUGGACGGGAGUCAGCCAGGUGUUAAGUACAAUAGUGUUUAUUGACAGGAUUCUGGAACUAGACAGAGAUAUGGUAGUAGGCAGACAGUUGGUAAUCAGGACACAACUUAACUGAAGGGUAGUCAGAGUCUCAGGUUACGGAUGCUGAAGGAGAUUCCCUUGGAGCAGACGGAAGGGGUUCAGGUACGUGGCGGGUAGGUUGCGUGAGAGUCUGUAGAGACCAGACCAGACCCUGAGUGUGUGUAAAGAGGAGUCGAAUAUAAAGGGAAGUGAACUGAUGAGGUGCAGGUGAUUCAAACUCAGGGGACUGUGAACGAGUGGGAGGAGUGAGUGAAGCUGGUGGGAUCCUGACAAUCAGACUCAGAGAGAGGGGUCCGGCGACCAAAAGGGUCCUGAAGAUUUUCACUCAAAUCCGGUAAGAAGUUGAUAUUCUGAUUUCAAAGGGAUGUUCUGUAUUGUACCGGGUGAUAACAGAUUACAAAGACGUGCAUUUAGAACUUCGUAAUAGCGGAAGCAAACUGGAGGAAUAAACUAAUUCUUUUUGUUGA